CGCGACCAUGAAUGCCCCGUUGGCCGCUCUCACCUACACUCUCGUCUGACGCUCGAGGCGGUCUCUCGACAACGCAAGUCAUCCUUUCCAUGCGCACAACACCAUGGACACCCUCGAGAACACGAGGCCCUCCGGUCUCAAGCCUCCCAGUCGCCUUCCCGCCUUCAACAAUCUCCACCGCGCCCUGCAAGAGACUACCUCGAGCGACCAAAAUGCGCGAACCGCACAUGGGGCUGGCAACGACAGACACGGCGGCGCGAUGGGACCGCCGAGCAGCAUCAUACCGAGCAAGCACAAAGUCAGCGGCUUGCCCGAGCCCCCCUUGAAGCGGAAGACUCUCGCUGAGCGCGCCGGCGAGCCUUCAGGAACUCUGCGCACGAAGCCCAGCGUCGCCAAUGGCUUCGGCGCACGACCUGCGACCAGCGACUCCAAUCUGUCCCGAACUGCAUCUGGCAUCGCCUCAGCCACCGGCAGUCUUCGUGGAGCGCGUCCAUCUAGUCGGCAGGCGAAUCCCUUCGGACUCGUCCCUCGCACGAACAGCAGCUACAGCGUCUCGAAAACGACGACAUCGUCACACUACGACGACGAGGAUGAUGGCGAGGUGGCACUUUCGGGUUCUCGCAAAGCAUGGGACACAAACGGACGGCUCGACGAUAUGGAGCGGAUGUACAUCCAGCUCAAAGGCGACAUCGACGUAGCGAAUACCGCGAAAGACUCGAUCGAAUCGACCCUGGCAAUCUACAAAGCUCGCACCGCCGAGCUGGAGAAGGAGAAGAAUGAGCUGAAAACCGACCUCAGGGCCUCCUCCGUCGACCUCGAACGAACACGAAACGAAUUGCACACGACCUCGACCGACCUGCGCCAGAUACGUCGAGACCACGAGCGAGAGAUGCUGGAUAUGGAAAGGAGACUGGAAAAAGAAUCUUCAGAGCUGCGGCUGAAGCAAGAGAAGCAGGAGUUUCAAUUUGAGCGGGAGAGAGAAAAGUUAGCCGAUCGAUUCAGAAGGGAGAUGGAAGAAGCUAGGAGGACGUGGGAGCGGCAGCAAAACGAUAAAGAAGCAGACCUGACCUCGCAAAGCUGGGAAGAAAUGGCUCAAUUGCGAGCAGAGCAUGAAAAGGAGAAGGCAAUCAUGCAGAAAGAAUUGGAGGAACUCCGGCAGGCUGGAGAGAGUCGAGCAACUGAGUCUGCAUCAGAAGUGCAAUCCCUGCGUGACAGAUCUGCAGAUCUUCAACGACAGCUGGAGGCCAGCAAGGCAACAGAGAUCACUUUGAGAAGUCGAAUCACCGCCUUUGAAGCGAGGAUCACUGCAUUGGAACAAGAGAGAAACACUCUCGUGUCCAAGGCGCAUUUCUUGGAAGGCAAUCAAGAGGCGCAGAGUCUGGAGUUCACGAACAUGCGCAAAUCUCUGGAGGAGGCUGUUGCGGCCAAAGACGUGGCUGUGGAGACACUUCGUAAGGAGGAGGUGCUCAGGCGGAAGCUGAGUAACACAAUUCUGGAGCUGCGAGGGAACAUUCGAGUCUACGCACGAACCAGACCACUCUUAAAAGGAGAGGAUGAUCCGACCAAAGUCGACUAUCUGGACGAAGACUCUCUGGAGGGUUGCAAAGAAAUGGUCGUGCAUACAUCCACGACGUCUGCAGCGGGGGAGGUCCGAAAAGAAGUGCACAACUACGCUUUCGAUCGAGUAUUUACGCCUGGUACUCCGAAUUUGACUGUAUUCCAGGAGUGUCAAGACCUGAUACAAUCUGUAGUGGACGGAUACAACGUCAGCAUUCUAUCCUACGGUCAAACAGGAAGUGGGAAGACGUAUGGGAUGAGUGGGCCUGAUGGUAUCAUACCGAGCGCCAUACACAUGCUCAUGGCGGAAAUGCAACGGCUGAAGACCAAGGGAUGGGAGUAUGCAGUGGAUGCCAACUUCGUUGAAGUUUACAACGAGACUUUGAACGAUUUAUUGGGCGAUGCGAAGUCCUGGGAUGACGCUGAUGAUCUUGGGGCGAGUGUGCGAGGCAAAGUGAAGGAGAAGCACGAGAUUCACCAUGACGCUGUCACUGGAAAGACUUCCGUGACGAAUCUCACGACGAAUCGUCUGUGGCCUCCGCCCGCCGACCAUGGAAAUUGGCCACCUGCAGCGCCCAUAGAAGGGGACGUCGUCGACGUCGCAACGUCAGCCAACGCGUACACUGAGCAAGCUGUGGCCAACCUCCUGGACACAGCAGCGAAGAACCGCAGGGUAGCCGCGACCAAAGCGAACGAGCGCAGUUCGCGAAGUCACAGCAUAUUCAUUAUGACACUCAGGGGCACAUGUGCAGCCACGGGUGAAAGCAGCGAAGGAGUUCUCAACCUGGUCGACUUGGCAGGCAGUGAACGUCUCAAGCAAUCCGAAGCCAAAGGCAACGCCUUGAAGGAGACGCAAGCCAUCAAUAAGUCUUUGGCAUCGCUCGGAGAUGUCAUUGCUGCGCUUGGUAGCAAGAGCGGCGGUAAAGCCCAUGUGCCAUACAGGAACAGCAAGAGAAUAAUGCUCCUCGACCCGGGAUCAUGGCUAACAUUUGUUUUGCAGUUGACUUACCUCUUACAAUCGUCGCUUGGCGGCUCCACGGCAGGCAAAUCGUCUCGCACUCUUCUCUUGCUGCAUCUCAGUCCAUUGCAGGCCCAUUGGCAAGAUAGCAAAACCAGCUUGGGAUUUGGCACCAAAGUUGUCGGUACACACAUUGGAACGGCAAAGAAGCGGUAG